CACGAAACAUAACGUCGUCCCUGCACAUAAAAAAAGCAGCGUCCAUCUCACUCUGUGGGUGGGGGUGGGGGGGUGUAAGUGAAUUAGGCGCACAACAGACACAUCAUGAGGCUCUCCCUUCCCCCUCUCCCGCUGACGCUCAGAGUCUAAUAACCUCACAGAAAUCAGCGUCACAUACUGCGUUGGGAUUAUAAUCGCAGUCACUAUCGUCCAAGCAUUGGACACAACGGUUGUCGAGUACUGUGUCUUGCUGCUUACACCGGGGCUGGAAAGAUUCAAAGCAGUCCUCAUCUUCAAAGCAGCUAACAUACCGCAGUACGCAUUUUGCUGUGGCAUAUCGCCCGGUGCCGCCCUCGUUGAAUUCAACCAUGAUGUCGACAUGGUACGUGUCAAACGCCCUACGUGGCACCACCACAGUCGUAAUUGUUUCCCCAUUAAUGCUGACGGAUCCCGUUGUCAAUGGUGAUCCAGUAGGGAUGUCCUGCAUUGAGUCCACUCAUCCACACGGCCGUACACACACCAGGUGCGCUGUGCUUACCACUCGGACCUCAGUCACGGGGGAGGGACUCGUCUCACCCACGACACCACCGAGGAAUUCAGCCACUGCGAUUACACCGGGAGCAGCAUUCGCAGUACCGUCGGGCAGCGACUGAAUGACCCCGAUUUGAGACUGACACGACACACGAGUGCACACCACCCGCCCCCCGUGUGUGUCCAAUGAUGGACGGCCUUGAUGGGUUCAGUGCCGUUGAGUGCGCACCUGGCCCCGGCCUUCGAUGAUGGUCGGUAUGCCAUUGGUUUCACAUUUGUCCUCUUCGUCUUCAAACUGUGCCUUGGAACACACACAUCUGCAGGCAAACAGACAGGACAGUGUCAUGCAGCCACGGGUGUCAAAAGGUCAUGGGCGUGUGAGCGUACACGACGUUUCCCGGGUGCAAUCGCCUCUUCUCGGCCCCGGCCGCGGUGUCAUUGCCGCUGGUCAAGGUGGGCGCUGUGUUGGGGCGGAGGAGGCCGGCACCACUCGCGGCACAGCGGCACCAGCCACGGGGGAAAGGCUGACAACACACAUAGACGGCCAGAGAGCACACCAGACAGACAGACAGACAGACAGGUGUAAGAGUGGUGUGGUGUGUGAGGGCAGUGCCCACCUGCCAGUGAGACCACGAGCCACAUGACGGCAGGGGAUCCGGACAGCACAGACGACCGCAUCACUGAGGCCUCCUUGGUCAGUGGGUGGGAGGAGGGAGGGCGACUGAAGGCGGCAAGAGAGAACACAACAAGGACCGCUUCGCCGACGGACA